GCUGGAUGCAGGGAUUUUCUGGCCGAAUAGUCCAGGAAUGGAAGGAGGCAGAUAACGUGAACGCCCCUGGAUAAUCAUGGAUUUAGCAUCCAGUCAACAUUAAAGAAAAAAUAAAAAGACAACGGUGCUUGUCCCGUUGACAUUAUUUAACAUUUUCACGACUGGUGUCCGCAUCAAACAACGGCGUCUUUGCUCCUGCGGCGACUGGACUCACCUCCAAUAUCAGAGAUUUCAUUAUGGCAGACAGUAUCAUGAGUAAGGCUGCUACCAUGGAGAUACCCAUUAACAGCAAUGGAGACACAGGGAGCCUGCCAGAAGAUGACAGCCUGGAGCAGGCGGCACAGGUUCAAUGGAGCAUAGAUGAGAAGGAUCUGCAGCAGGUGAUGGUGUCUGGGCCCAACCUGAAUGAAACCAGCAUUGUCUCAGGAGGUUAUGGAGGACCUGCAGGGGGCAUCAUUCCAACCAGCUCCAUCAAAGGGCCUGCAGUUCGCUUCAACCCACAGUAUCUGGACAGAAGACGAGGCACAGGACCAGACCUCCGCAUGAAAUCCAGGGGUGUUAGCAUCCCUCACAGCCAGUCUGCAGCCAGCCGACUUGCCAAACAAACAGACCACCAUCCAGGGCCCAUGCACCACAGUCCCAGUAAUUCAGGUUUGGCGUCUGAAGAGGUCUCUCGUGGUGUGGCAGUGGAGAAGCUGGACAGUGUGAAGAAAUGGGGCAUCAACACAUACAAGUGUACCAAACAGAUGUUCUCAGAGCGGUUUGGCCGAGGCUCACGGACAGUAGACUUGGAACUGGAGGCUCAAAUCGAGGUGUUACGAGAGACCAAAUACAAGUACGAGAAUAUCCUAAGACUGGCCACUGCUCUCACCAGCCAUUUUCACAACAUGGUGCAGACUCAACAGGCCCUAGGAGACACUUUUGCUGACCUCAGCCAGAAGUCCCCGGAGUUGCAGGAUGAGUUUGGGUAUAACGCAGAAACACAGAAGCUGUUGUGCAAGAAUGGGGAGGCUCUGCUUGGUGCCAUCAACUUCUUCGUGUCAAGCAUCAACACACUGGUCAACAAAACUAUGGAGGACACUCUGAUGACCAUUAAGCUGUAUGAGAACGCAAGACUUGAGUUUGAUGCCUACCGCUCUGAUCUGGAGGAGCUCAGCCUGGGACCGAGGGACGCUGCCGCCAUGGUGCGCAUUGAGAUGGCCCAACAUGAGUACCAGAUCCACAGAGACAAAUAUGAAAGGCUGCGCAGUGAUGUCACCAUAAAACUCAAAUUCCUGGAGGAAAACAAGGUGAAGGUGAUGCACAAGCAGCUGCUUCUCUUCCACAAUGCGAUCUCAGCUUACUUUGCUGGCAACCAGCAGCAGUUGGAACAAACUCUUAUACAGUUCAAUGUAAAGCUAAAGCCCCCGGGAUCAGACAAGCCGUCCUGGCUUGAGGAACAGUAAGGAGUCUCAGGGCUCAGCUUUUUGAGACCAAAAGGUACAGUGACACACUGGUCAGUGAAGAAGUUGACAUAGCAGUGGCUGGAUGAUUAGAUGGACAAGAAUUAUUUGCAUAAACAAGAAGUAUAUUGUAGGAUCAGUAGAGAGCAGUGAUGAUGAAAAACAUGAGAAAUCACAUUGUGAUGUUUUUCAAUAUCACUCAUUUUUCAUAGAAGGUGCAACUUUGUCAGUUGUAUUUAGGAUUUUUGUUAAUUCACAAAAAGACCUUUCUUGUUACUUUCUUAUACUUUAGGUAGCACAAUCAUUUACAUGUAUACCACUUCUUAUUUAUGUAUAGUAUACUAUUGUGGAGAAAUCCCUGGGCGAUUUUGCACAUGCAUUAUUAUUGUUUUUUUUUUUUUAGUUGUUGUCUAAAUCAUCUUUAAUAUUUCAGAACAUAUCACCUGGAUGGUCAGUUUACUGUUUACAUGCUUAGAGGGGAAAAAUAUAGUGAUUUUCCUCUUACUUAAAGACACAAUCCAUUAAUUAAUUUGACCGUCUAAAUUUUGGGAUAUUUAAAUAUCUUCUUGUUUUUACUUGUACAUGAAAAUUACAUUUUUGGAGCUUUAUUAAUCCAACAUAACUACAAACUGAUGGUCUGUUUUACUCCAGUGUUUACAGACAUUACAAACGCAAACAAACCUCAAAGCUACUUGUAAAAUUCAUGUCGAGCAGCCACGUGAGGCCAGUUCUUGUAUCAAAAGCUCAGAUAAGGAAUUUUGGGGUUUACAAAUGUUGUAAAUCUAAUGAAAAUAAUCAGAAUAUAUAAUAAAUCAUAAUGAAAGACACCAAGCCAAUGUUUCACUAUGUUUCAGCAGGAGGCGCCAUACGACUAUUACAAAUUUGGCCUUUGAGACAUCACAGUUGUAUGUGAUUCCAGUCUCACACAUUUGAAAAUAUAACAUAUAGUAACGGCAUGGGAAUGCUGGAUACAGAAAAACAUCGCCACAUGGUACGAAUCUCAGUUUCCUUUUCAGGAUAGAAUGUAUGAGUACAUGUUUCUUCUUUUAUUUUGGUGUUAUUUAUGUUAGCAGUCUCUUUGUACUGUAAAGUUGUAUUUUACAUAUUUUACAUCUCUUCAAAGCUCCUUCAAGUUGAGUACCAGCUGAUUGUCCUUGUGUUGUCCUGCAUUUCUUAUAAAGACCGCUGUAUGUUAGUUCCCACUUACCUGAGCUGUGCAGUUUACGCUGAUCUGUCAGUUUGAUAUCGGAGGCUUCCACAGACUGUCCCCGAAAAUAUGUACGGAAAUGUCACACUGUGUGUAAUAUGUAAGCACCCUUAAUUAUGUACAUGACAAUACAGUCUGAUAUAUCCCUAACAUG